CAUGCACCAGGAUUGUUUUAAAGGGAAAAUAAUUUUUUUUCUGUUUCACUUUAGCUACUGAUGAAGGAGCCGCACCGGCGUCUGGGAGUCUAUGGAGACAUAAGAUACCACCCAUUCUACUCGUCCAUCAAUUGGGUGGAACUGGAACAAAAGAAGAUACCACCACCUUUCCAGCUAACAGAACCAUCAAGUGAAGACGUCACAAAGUGCACAGGAAAGCGACUGUCAUCAUUCCUGGAAAUUAACGAGUCAACAGAGAAAAUCCACAAUAUUCCAGACCUUUCUUACAUAGGUUCCUCUUGGCAGAACGAAUGA